UGCAUUGCAGCUCCUGUAGUUGGAAUAGAGAGACACAGAGACACAAGUACUUUAGUUACAUUGUUGGGUGAGUUUGAAACAACUCCCCCUGCCUUGGGCUUACACACACGGGGACUGGAUUUCCUAUCCCACCCGCUCCCGUGCGGGGUGCCUUCUGCUGCUGCUUAUUUUUUAAAUCAAGGCAAAGCUGCAGGCUUUGAUUUUUGUUUUGUUUUUUUGGCCUGCCCCUCUCGGCCCCCCCCCCGGUUUUUUUCCUCUCUUUUGCUUUGAUUUCUGCGCGCGCGUGUGUUUUGCCUCCACCGAUCUUCACAACUCGUUUUGGCAUGAGUUAAACAGCCGAUAUGGACACCAAACAUUUCCUGCCACUGGAUUUUUCUACUCAAGUCAAUUCCACGUCCCUGAACUCUCCGACUGGCCGGGGAUCUAUGGCCGCACCUUCCCUCCAUCCAUCCAUCGGGCCAGGCAUUGGCUCCUCGCUGGGCUCUCCGGGUCAGCUCCAUUCACCCAUCAGCACUCUGAGCUCCCCCAUCAAUGGCAUGGGCCCUCCUUUCUCUGUCAUCAACUCCCCCAUGGGGCCUCACUCGAUGUCUGUCCCUUCAACCCCUAGCCUUGGAUUCGGAACCGGCAGCCCACAGCUCAAUUCUCCGAUGAACCCCAUCAGCAGCACAGAAGACAUUAAACCGCCCUUGGGUCUCAAUGGAGUUCUUAAAGUGCCAGCGCACCCCUCAGGAACCAUGGCCUCCUUCACCAAGCACAUAUGCGCCAUCUGUGGGGACAGAUCUUCAGGUAAACAUUACGGGGUGUACAGCUGCGAGGGCUGCAAAGGUUUCUUCAAGCGCACAGUGCGGAAGGACCUCACCUACACCUGCCGCGACAAUAAGGAUUGCUUGAUUGACAAGCGCCAGCGGAACCGGUGCCAGUACUGCCGGUAUCAGAAGUGUCUGGCGAUGGGCAUGAAGCGAGAAGGGAUGGAGCACCAUCCAUCCCGGCCCACAAGACUUCUGGGAAGCCAAGAAGAACAAGCUGUGCAGGAGGAGAGGCAGCGAGGGAAGGACCGAAACGAGAACGAGGUGGAGUCGACAAGUAGCGCCAAUGAGGACAUGCCCGUGGAGAAGAUCCUGGAAGCCGAACUCGCAGUGGAGCCAAAGACCGAGACGUACAUUGAGGCAAAUAUGGGCUUGACUCCUAGCUCGCCCAAUGACCCGGUAACCAACAUAUGCCAAGCGGCAGAUAAACAGCUCUUCACCUUGGUGGAAUGGGCAAAGAGAAUUCCCCAUUUUUCAGAACUGCCGUUGGAUGACCAGGUCAUCUUACUCAGAGCAGGCUGGAAUGAGCUCCUAAUCGCCUCCUUCUCCCACCGUUCCAUAGCUGUGAAAGAUGGGAUCCUCCUGGCCACCGGCCUCCAUGUGCAUCGGAACAGCGCUCACAGCGCAGGAGUCGGCGCCAUCUUUGAUAGAGUACUGACAGAACUCGUGUCAAAAAUGCGAGACAUGCAGAUGGACAAGACGGAGCUGGGCUGCCUGCGAGCCAUUGUCCUCUUCAACCCUGACUCGAAAGGACUCUCCAACCCCGCCGAGGUGGAGGCUUUGCGUGAGAAGGUGUAUGCGUCCCUAGAGGCAUACUGCAAACACAAAUACCCCGACCAGCCUGGAAGGUUUGCAAAACUCUUGCUUCGCCUCCCUGCCCUCCGAUCCAUUGGCCUGAAAUGCCUGGAGCACCUGUUCUUCUUCAAGCUAAUAGGAGACACGCCCAUCGACACCUUCUUGAUGGAGAUGCUGGAAGCACCCCACCAAAUGACUUAG